GGGGUGCUUGGGGUCAGCAGCAGGGACAGGGGUCCUCCAUGAGAAAACCAUGGUGAUGAGGAACAUGUUGACCUUUAACCUCAUGACUUUGUUAGGGCAUUUAUGACUCUUAAGGUCCAGGUCAGAUCCAGAUGACCAUGAAUGUCACUUCAAAUAUUAGAAAAACUCCUCAACGAGUCUAGAGCUAGCAUGAACCACCGACUGUUGGACGGUACUGUUGGACGGUACUGUUGGACGGUACUGUUGGACGGUACUGUUGGACGUCCCUUUGUUCGGUGUCAUCAGAUGUUUGUUUGUAGGUAAACAUCAGGUCCACGCUGGACUGUGGACACUGAUGUCCAGACUAGUCAUAAGAGCCUGCAGGGGGCGUCACUGUUCAGAGACGUCUGGACCAACUGUGACCCUGGACACUGAAGUCCUCCUGAACAUAAUCACCGUAAUAAAAAAAAUAUAUGAAAAAAACAACAACAACAACUGCUCGUCUCCGUCUGUGUAUGUUAACAAUUCAAGCCUGGAAAGUCCUUGAAUACGACCCUGGAACCUGGACGCUCCUCUGCAGGUCAGGUCACGUCUUCCCUGUGUCUGUCCAACUGAUGAUGUCAUCUGUCCAAACAAAACAACUGAUGAUGUCAUCUGUCCAAACCAACUGAUGAUGUCAUCUGUCCGUCCAAACAAACCAACUGAUGAUGUCAUCUGUCCAAACAAACCAAUAAAAUAAAGAGCAGAUCUUAAAACAUGCUGCUCUGUGACUCUUCAUUUCAUGUGUACAAAGUCUGGCCAGUGGGGGGCGACAGAUGAGUGGAGAGGGGUGAGAGCUGAAAUGUGAUCGAACUGAAGAAAUCCUUUGAUCAGGUCUUUGAACUUCAGUGAAGACAUCAACGAUGAUUCAUUUUUACCAGCAGGUGGCAGCAUUCUAUAUCAAUGACAUCGUUUGACUGGGCUUCACUGAGAACAAGAAGAAGGUUUGUGUCUUAAUAACCUGAAUUCACUGACACAGAACAGAGCGCCACCUUGUGGCUUUGUUUAUAUUUAUCAGACACAGGGUUGAGGCCCAAAGAUGACCCCAGGCUCAGGAGGUCCUGGAACUCCUGGAACUCCUGGAACUUUCGUGUUUCCUGGAGACCUUGGUCGUAACACAGGGACCGGAGGACCGUUUGGUUCUGUGCAGAACACACCUGGUUCUGGUACUCUUUUUGGGUCCAGUACUUUUGGCCAGCCGGCCCCCCCUCCCAUCGACCCCCCAGCCUUUGGUUCUAGUGCCAGUCUGUUUGGACUUGGUGCCGUCAAACCCACAACCUUUGAAAACAUGGGAACUGCCACAGGUGGUGCUAGAGGGCUCGGGGUUACCAAUCCUAUCUCCUUUGAUGGGACUGACUUCCUGUUUGGAGGUUUAGGGUUCUAUGCCGCACCACUGACAGGAACAGCCAUCACAUACACACCUACAACAGGAAGUGACACGUUGGUUACAGCUGGUGUGAGCGUGAACAUCCAGACCACACAGCACUGCAUCACAGCCAUGGAGCAGUACCAGGGGAAGUCACUAGAGGAGCUGAGACUAGAAGACUACCUGGCGGAGAGGAAGGGUCCAGCCAAUCACAGGAGAGCAGGGACGGCCCACGUCUUUGGUUCUUCCACCAUCGGUUCCGCUGCGGCCAACACAGGCCGUUUCUUUGGGCAGAACAAGAACACGUGUGGAACAGCACCACCUAGUGGCUGGUCUGGACAACAGAACCAGCAACGAGUCAGCAGCUGUUUCACACCGUCGGGUCAGACCACCUCCACCCAGAACCUCAGCAGCGGCGCCACAGUGAGGCUCCUCUGUCUGUCCACUGUCCCACUGUCCACUGUCCCCAGUCUGACGUCCUCUGUCCUUUCUCAGGGUUCCCUGGGCGGCAGGACGGGGUCUCAGUCGGGGGGGUUCUUCAGCUUCACUCACAACAUGAACUCCAACAGCUUUGGGAGAGACGGCAGCCUCUCUGGACCGCCCGGUUCUGGAAGCACAGGCACCCAGCAGAGCAUCUUCAGAAAUAAGAUCUUUGGGACUGGUACCAGCAGCACCAGUUCUCUGUGUCUCAGCGGUGGUACCGAUCUCCUUGGUGACAAACCUGAUGUUCCGAUCGGACCUGGAAUCCACGUGUGUACCGUCGGUUUCUCUCCUGCUGGAGGGAGUCUGUUCGGGGACAGACUGGCUGCAGUAGAACCAGGACGUACUGGACCAGGUGCAGGUGUGAGUACCAGCUGUGGAGCAGGUGACGCUGGUUCAGCUUUGAUCACCACAAGAACCAGAGAAGGUCCAAGAGACCACGUGGACAGUCUGGGAUUGGUAGCCGUCCCCGGCCAGUUUGGUUUUGGCCACACCCAGAACCUCGCUCCGCCGCUGGGACCCAUGGGAACCUUGGACAGAACAGGGUUCCACAGUGGAACCGACCUCCAGAGCUUGGGUUCUGCGCUGCCGUUUGUCGCAGCCACUUCCCAGCAGUCCCUGCUGCAGCACGUGUCCAACCAUGUCAGGUACUCGCCGUACCAAGACUCGCCGCUCUUCAGGAACCCGCUGCCCCAGCCUGAGGCGAACCAAACCCCAACCACAGGUCGGAGGUCUCCGAGCUCACGAUACAAGCUGAGAAGUCAGUCUGUCGCCCGGCGCCACAGACCCACCUGGUCUGGAUCUCUGCGGCCGGGGGUCAAAGGUCAACGGAUCAAAGACGCAGCAGAGUCCAGUAGAACCUUGGUCCCCAGGUACCAGCCAACACCAUCGCCUCCAUCUGCCGUGGCUGGUCCUCACUGUGUGUUCCGUCUUCACAGGAGAACCAUCAGGAACGUCAGGUUCAAGUACAUCAGAAGAAGUCAGACCAACGACGCUGACGCUGCUGCGGAGGGAGAGCAGGACACACACACACACACACACAGCAGCACUCAUCUGACACAGAGCUACACCAACCCCAUCAUCACACCCAUCCCCCAGCACCCAGAGCAGUUUGGCCUGCAGGAGGCGCUGCAGUCUCCUCACAACACAGGCAUCCUCCUGAGCCGCGUCUUCAUCGACACCGUCCCGUCCAUCCAAGACUUGUCCCUCAGGGUUGAAGAACGUGUGACUGAAAACCUUACUGGCACAAGAAGAGAGUCUCCUGUGACCCCACCCUGACCCCUGGACCUGCGUCCACAACUUCACAUGCCACCUUAUCCAGGAGGUGGCGCUCAUGCGUCAGUGACAGAAACAACAACAACGACGACGACAACAA